AUGAAAUUAUUUAUAUUAUUAAUUUUAUUAAAUAUUACAAUAUUAUUUUCCAGUAAUUUAUUUGUUAAAGCCAACAACCAAGUGGGUUGCGAAAUUUGUGAAAUGGUAACCACAUUUUUAGAAGAUAAAUUGGCAAAUAGUAAUGUUGAAACUAAUAUUAGUGAAGAAUUAAUGAAACUAUGUAAUUACAUUCCAUCAAACUAUCAAACCAUAUGUAAUAAUUUAAUUGAAAAUAAUAUUGAUUCAAUUAUUAAAUCCUUUGAAAAUAAUGAAACCCCAACAAUAAUUUGCGAUCAACUUGGAUUAUGUUCACAAUCUUCAUCUUCAUCAUCAAACUUUGAUACCAUCCAAGAAACUUCUUCAUCAUCAUCAUCAUCAUCAUCAUCAGAUCUCCCAUCAGUAGGAUGUUUAAUUUGUGAGUUCAUUGUCCAAAAGGUUGAGAGUUAUAUUGAAGUUAAUGCAACACAAUCUGAAAUUGAAUAUUUCUUAGAUCAAGAUUGUAAUAAAUUUGGUGGUGGUUAUGCUGGUGAAUGCGUAGUUUAUGUAAAUCAAUAUGUACCCCAAUUGGUAAAUUACUUAUCAUACAAUCAAAAACCUGAAAAAGCUUGCAGUGAAAUUAAAGCUUGUCCAUCAUCCUCUUUUUAA